CUGCGCUAUUAUCAGUGUGGCAGAGAGGUCUCUUGCUAUCACCAUGCUUACUUGCUGCAUACUGAUUCUAAUGGCAACAGUUAUUUCAAGGUGCGCCUUGGUCUAUCCACCUCGAGCUCAUGACAACAGUCUACGGUCUUAAUGGUGACCUCCGCAACUCACCCGUCUUAUCUGAACCUGAAGCACGUUUUGCUUUAGAGCUAAUGGGUCUCAUGGACAUGCCAACUUUCGUUCGCGGUCGCUCAACAUUAUCGUUGGGAAUCUGGAAGAGACUGCGGCUUGCACAAGGAUCAAUGGGUAUAAAAAGGGGAGGCUAUCAAUCUGUCUCAAGUCUCCCAAGAUCCUUACUGGACAUUUUUGCGAAUAUUCACGACGAAAACUCCGACACAGAGUUCUUGCAAUGGUUUGGAGAACCGGGAGAGAUACCGCAGAUUCACCUGUGGGAGGCAUACCGUCUAGCAGGUAUUCUAACUGGCCGACGACUACGCAACCGUGGAAAUACAGGCACGACGGCGAAUGCGUCAAUACAAUACCCUGCCUCUCCUUCCGCCGAGGUAUUAUUAGGCCGCUUAGUCGCUUCCAUCGAUGCGCUCUGCGACGCGACCAGCCGGCCCGAAUACUCACAGCUGCUGACGACAAACUCACUGCUCUAUCCCUACGUAGCUGCACGGCUUGAAGUGGCUGUCUUGCGUCGCCAGCCCACCUGGAUGGACUCACUUCGGCGAGUAGCAGAAAAGUAUCAGCCAUACGGCAAGACAGCGAAUGCGUGUAACAUUACUGAGAUGCUGGAUGAAGCCUGGGAUUUGGGAGACGAUGUGUAUGAUAUUGAUGAGCAAGCAAGGCAGCGAAAUGUUGAGAUUGCCCUGUUUUGAAGAUUGGCUGCGACAUGUUAGAGUCUGUAUCCUACUCCUACCACCAAAGAGAGCAUGAUGUUUACGGUACCCUUGAUGCAGCAGGCGUUUCUUCUCGGCCCAAUGAGGUUGAAAGACACUUCGACUUUCAGCAUGAUGGGAUCGGUGUGCCAACGUUGGACUUUCCCACUGUUUCCAUUGGCAUUUCAACGUGACUCGCCUCGUGCUUGCGCUCUCGUAUCUUGUAGAAGUUGACAACUCACAGCACCCUCUGACUUGGCCACUAUGUGGCAAAGACUUCAGUGACUUCCCAACCCUGCUGAUCCCACGAGUCUCUCCACACGAUCAAUCCGCCUCGCUCCUCGGUGACCAAUUGGAAUCCCC